UAAUUGGCUCACGAUAGGGACACAGCUGACACAACUUUUCCACACACAAAGCGCACGCCCGGACACGCUUCUGCUAAAAGUUCUUCGACAGUCUUCCGAGUACAAGUUCUUCAGGCACAGCAAAAUUUGAAACCGAAAGUAAAAAUAACCCGAUCGGGACUUUAAACCUGAUUUCUGAUUUUCUUGAAUUCCUUGUGUGUGUUGACUCUCACGUUGUGAAAAAAUUUCCAAGAGAAGUCUCAUUUUUAAGUGCUGUUUCGACUCGAAGAGUAGGAUUAAACAUUUCCAAGAUGCUCAUGGAAACCAUAAAAUCGCCGGCUUUUGCAUUUAAAGCGGGUGAAUUGGCGCUGACAUUUAUCAGUAUCGUACUGGUGAUAGGACAAUAUUUUGGGUCACACAGCGUUUUCAGGAAUCAGAUCAUUGAUUUGACCUUAUUCAGCUACGUUUUCCUCAAUAUUCUCAUAAUGGCAGGACUUCUCCUGAACGAACCCGUCUCGCGACGAUUUACGUUUCUCAUCAGCGCUAUUGGCGGUCUUUUUUAUUUAGUAACGAGUUAUUUCCUCGUGGCUGAAUGGAUGGAAUUCAGUCAGAGUCAACUAUUAGCAUCGGGAGUCAUUGCGUUUAUCAACGGGAUCGUCUUCAUCGCCGAUUCGUAUUACGCCUUCGUUUACUUCGAGGAGUGAACGCCUCGCACCAGCAGCCCCUCACGCCUUUGUAAAAUAACCCGAAAUGUACAAUAAAACGCUUCGACUCUCCCACGUC